AUGUACCAAGUCCGCUACGCCACUGAGGCCGACAUGCCAGAUUUAUGCGAAAUCAAUUAUGUCAGCUUCAAGAAAUAUCGCUUCCGCUCUGCCGUGUUCCCUGAAUCUGAUCCUGCGACUCUGAAAAGUUUCAAGGCACUUAAUGGGAUGAAGCAGAUGGCAAACCCUGAGAUGCAUAUUGUUACGGUGAACGAUUCGACAACUGGUCGUGUUGUUGGGUAUGCCCGGUGGCUUAUUCCGGAAAUUCUCGGAGUACCUCCUCAUACAUGUAGCCUUAGUGAAAGAGGGGCCGCGCAGGCAGCUGCCGCUGAAAGUCCACUGAUACAUGCCCCUCGACCUAUGAACGAAGGGCUUUUUUUCGCACCUAGAAAGCUCCUAGGGGGUGCACGGAAGAGACACACUACAUCUCGAGACAUGGUUCUAGAUUUUCUAGCUACUCUACCUACAUAUCGUGGUCGCGGAAUAGGCUCCGCACUGUUGGAAUGGGGCGUCAAAAUGGCGGACACACUGCAUGCGCGAAUAUAUCUUGAGGCAACAUGCGCUGGCGUACCCUUAUAUCGGAAGUAUGGAUGGAAGAUAGAAGAAGAGGUUGUAUUGAAUUUGGAGCCAUAUGGGGAAUGUGGAAUGGAGGUUUUCACUCUCAUGUUGCGUGAGCCGGUGCCAGUCGAUGAGUCUUUAAUAUGA